AUGGCGUCCCUCGAUGACUUGACAAACACGUUUGUUCUCUCGACCGCCGGUCCGGACGCUGUCCUGCACGAGGUCCCCAAGGCGAUCAGCGCCGAUGUGGCGCGUCAACGGCGAGCCCAUCGCAAGUCCCGAACAGGCUGUGAGAAUUGCAAGAGACGGCGCGUGCGAUGCAGCAGAGAGACGCCGUGUGCCGGCUGUACGCGACGGGGAGAAGCAUGCGAUCGUAUGGGUAUCGCUGCCCCCGGACAGAGACCGACAGACGCCGUGGUCAAUCUACUCCAUAUGAAGCUAUUCCAUCACUUCCAGACGUCGACCUGCCAGACGCUCAUGUUCCCUGCCGAGGCCUGGCGCCCUGUGCUGCAGCUGAGUCUCGAGUUCGAGUUCCUGAUGAAUGCCCUCCUCUGCGUCGCGGCGCGUCAUCUCGCCUUUCUCAGCCCGCAAGAUGCCUCGUAUCCUGCCGCGGCGGCCAGCCAUCUGUGCCGGGCGUUGUCGCUGUUCCGCUGGGAGCUGGCGACCCGAGCGACGAUGAUCAACACCGACGCCUUCAUCGCGACCUCUGCCCUCCUCCAGAUCGAGGUCUGGACAUCGACUGACUUCCUCACCGGCAGGGAGUUUGAUCCCUCGCGCGACCGCAUCUUCUCCUUCUGCUCGAGUAUGAAGCAGGUCUUCCUGGCCAAUGGCCCCAUUCUGACUCGCCAGCCCUCUCUCCUGCUGCCGCUGCUGGCGGUCAAUCCGGCGGACGUGCUCGUGGCAUCUGCAAAGAUCAGCAACGAGACUCUGGAUCGGUUCCAGGAUUUCUUUGCCUACCGCCGUCCCCUCGAGAGACAAGACAAGAUUCAUCUCCCGUUGGACGUUCCCUUCGCUUCUACCCAGCAUACAGGCCUGGCUGUGUCUGAUCUGUUCGCCGGGGAUAAAUACAGCCCAGACAUCCCCGAUGGAUAUUCUCCCGCUGUCGCCCGGCUGUGUCUCGUCCUCUCCUUUCUGCCUGAAGCGCAGCCCCCGGACUCGAUCGACGUGAACUCGUCUCUUCUCUUCCCUCUGGCGCGGUAUAUCUUGUCCUUCCCCGUGCAGUGCCAUGGUCCGUUUGUCGCGUUGUUCGAGCAGCGCGAUCCGCACGUCCUCCUCCUGCUCUACCACUUCUACCGUGCCGUGCGGAUUCUCCUGUCGCCGACUGCGUACUGGUGGGCGCAGGAACGGGCGUUCAUUGCCGAGAGAGGGUUGAUGGAGUGGUGGAGAAGAAGUGAAGAAGUGGUGAGCAAGUAG